AUGACUACUCCAGACUCCGCAGCCGCAGACGUGGCCGCCAAGCAGCGAAUCAUAAAGCACAUGAAUGCAGACCACCACGACUCCAUUCGCCGAUAUGUCGAGGCCUACGCUUCCAGAUCCAUGUUCCACAGCCGCUCGGCGCAGAUGGUCGAUAUUGAUCUAAAUCGAAUGGUCUUCAGCUGUGGCGGUCAACAAGCCGUCAUAGCCUUCGAUCCACCUAUGAAGGCUAUGCGCGAGGCCCGCGAGCGACUUGUACAGCUGGACAAGGAUGCUCUCCAGACACUGGGACGAAGCGACAUACCUAUCACGAAAUUUGUUCCAGCAUACACACACCCUGCGCAUCUGUGGAACUUCACGCAGUGUGUGUUGGCCAUGGUUUUGCUACCACGACAGGCGAACUGGCAGCCUGGCUCUCUCCUCUAUGAUAAUAUGUUAUAUCUCGUACCAGGCUUUGCAAGCUUUGUUGCUCGAAUUGGCUGGAUUGUCUUCGUGUGUAUGUUGCCCAUCCAUGCUGUCGAAGUAGUUAUCAUGGCAAGGAAACUGGCUAAACACGGAUGCACGUUCAUGGACGCUGUAUGGUGGAAAUGGGUGGGAACCUGUUUCAUUGAAGGAUUCACAUCGUUCUCCAGGCUCAAUGCGCUGAUUGAAGAGAAGAGGAGGGAAAAGGAUGCGAAGAAGCACUAG